AUUUUGACUGUUUUGGUUUUGAUUUUGACAGUUCAUUUAUCGAAUUUUUUUUCUCUCUAUUUAUUUUCUGCAUAAAAUAUAUUUAUAAUAAAAGCAAUUUCUAUCUGCAAUAUUUAAGUAUUUUCUUAAAUCAUGACUGAUGUUAAUAGUUUGAAGGAGUCAAUUAAACAAUAUGAAACACAGUUAUCGCAAGUUGAAAUUGCACUUUCCACAACUCCAAAAGGUCCAGAUAAGGAUAAUUUAUUGAGUCUUCAAUCGGAUAUUCAAGAACUUAUUAAUUUAACAAAAGAAAAUUUGGAAAGUUUGGAAACAGUUGAAAAUAAAAAGGAUGAAAAUUCGACAAAUGAUCCCUUGGAUCGCGAGUAUGCCUUAUUUAAGGCAGAGUUGGAUGGUUUCUCGGACGAAUCUAAAAACAAUGAUGAAAAUGUGAAAACAGAAGGGGCAAAUGAUAUCGAAGAAGAGUUGGAGGCUCUUGAGGGAAUGAAAUGUCGUGCUCCUUAUGGAAGCAGUUGGGGUGGUAUUGGGUAUCAUAAUGCGAUGGUUUGGUCCGUUCAUAGAGAAGAAAAUGAAAGUAUUACCAGUUUAAACGAUAUUAAGGUGAGAGUUGUUUUCAUGAAUCCAACACACAAAGAAAUGCUUCCGUGUCCCUAUUUUCUUGAAGGCGAUUGUAAAUUCUCAGAGGAACAGUGUCAUUUUUCUCAUGGAGAAAUUGUACCAUUGUCUUCUUUACAAGAAUACAGAGAACCCGAUUUUUCAAAUAUUAAAAUGGGCAGUCGAGUUUUAGCGAAACAAAAAAAUCAAUUAUGGCACAGAUGUGUCGUACUUAAAGUUCCAAAUAAAUCGGAAGAUCCCUAUAGAGUAAAAUUCGAAGCAAGUGGAAAAAUUUUUGAAGUUUUAGUUCAAGAUUUACUUCCGCUUGAUGAUUCUGAUCUUCAAAUGUCAGAUACAUCAUCGAGUGAUGAUGAUAAUGAUACGCCAAAUGUAGAAUACGAUGAACAAGAAAUAAUUCAUUCAGCGCUUUUAAGUGUGGAUUCAAGUCAACCAUUGGGAAAUUGGGAGCAGCAUACAAGGGGCAUUGGAAGUCGAAUAAUGGCACAAAUGGGUUAUAUAAUUGGCACGGGUCUUGGAAAAAAAGCCGACGGAAGAGUUCAACCAGUCGAAGCAACAGUAUUACCUGCAGGAAAAUCUUUAGAUCACUGUAUGCAUCUUCGUGAAAUGGCGAAUGGGGAUAAAAAUCUUUUUUCCGCCGAGCGUAAAAUGCAAAAACAAAAAUUAAAAAUGGAACAACAACGACAGAGGCAGUACGAAAAGGAGCAAAAAAUCGAGAAGAGCGAUAUUUUUAAUUUUAUUAACGACACAUUGAGCUCGAAAGCCAAAAUGGAAAAUGGACCAAGUUGUUCAAAACAAAGUAUUAAGAUUCGCGAGGAUCUUUCAAAAAUAAAAAAUAUUUCCGAUAAAACAUUGAAUAUAACAAGUUUUCAAAUUAGUGAAAAUAUUGCCAAAUUGGAAAAAGAAGCAAAUAAAUUAAAAGAUUCUUUAACUAAACAUAAUAAAAAUAGUUCGGCUUAUAAUAAUAUUGUUCAACGAUUUAAUAGUAUGCAAAGUGAAAUUAAUCAUUUGCGAAAUUCAGAGAAAAAUGUUGCGUCCGAGCAAAGAAAUAGAAAAAAUCGUGAAAAAUUGACUAUAUUUUAAUGUAUAGUUUUUUAGAAUUUUUUUUUUUUGUAAGCAUUAUUUUUUUUCUUAUUAAUUAAUUGAGUAUUAACAUUUUUCUCAAAUGUAAAUAGUAAAUAAAAUAAUUUUAUGCAGAAGAUUAAA